AUGGCUGAUUCCAAUCAAGAACCCGAUCCCUUCACAAACGACACAAUGUCAGACUUCGCGAACGGCUCCAGUCCGGACAGUCCGUUUCCAUCUUCAGCCGCAACCUCCAACCCAUCCGAGAACAACACAGAUCUUGACCCAUCCGACGACCUUCAUACGAAUGGAUCAGCCAUUACCCCCAACGGCAUCGCUCGAUCUAUCAGCCCAGGAGUUGAUGCAGCCCUCGAGCCCUAUGACCACCCAGGUUCAGACCACGUCAUUCAGUUGUCUAGCAUCGAGCAUUGCAUGCCUCGAUCGUACAUUCGUAUCUGUUUCGCAUAUCGCGUACCAACGCCAGAAGUGCUCCCUGAGGCGGUGGAGAAGUUGAAUCACUUCGUUCGGAAGGUUGUGGACGCGAAGCCAUAUCUGAGUGGCUAUGUGGUAGCAGUGGAUAAUCCGGGAAAUCGCGUGGGUGCAGUGGAGAUCCGAUUUUCCGAUACGGAUUUCCUUGAGUAUCCCAAUGUCAGUAUGCGUCAGUUCACUCGCGAAGAGUUCCCGUAUACCUAUGACGAAAUCUGCGAACGAGGUCUACCGCCCAGUGUCAUCAAGCCCGAGCUUGUUUCUGCAUUGGGGGAAUCUGCUGAUGAGCACCGGGCCCCUGUUUUCAGAGUUCAGGCAAAUGUUGUGGAAGGAGGUCUCAUCGUUUCCGUCUACCUUCAUCAUUGCAUCUCUGAUGGCACAGGCUUCGGUUUGCUCGCUUCAGGCAGUGUGCUGAACGAUGACUUCACUUUUGACCGUCACCUGGAUACUCGCGGUCACGACGUCCCAAGUCUGUCAAUGAGACUGGACGCGUUCGCUACUCGCAAGAGCAUUGUCAGAAGAGAGUUGUCCUAUCCUUUUGCAAAUCAGAUCACUAACAGACAGCUGAAAUACAAAACGGCCCAGGCAGUACCUACAGAGCAUGAAUUACUUAAACCUCGGGGUCGUGGGUGCGUGUUUGCCUUUCCUUCGACCAAGCUGGACGACCUGAAACAAGCUCUGGAGGCUCACGCCGAUGGCGCCUUCAUGACACGGCAUGAUGCAUUACUGGCCUUGAUCUGGCACGGGAUGACAAAGGCCAGAAUCCCUUCUGUGCCGGGGGUGACAACUUCGAAGCUUCUCAUUCCAGUCGAUAUCCGCAAGAAAUUGAAGAAGCCGCUGUCAGAGUCCUACUUCGGAGCCGCGGUCGACUUCGCCUCGGUGCAAAUGCAUCUUUGCCAUUUAGCGGACAGCAGUGCCCCUUGUAUGACCGAGACAGCAUUGGCUGUCCGCAAGGCCGUCAAUGGCGUUGACGAGCCUUAUAUUCGACAAGCCAUCGCUUUGGCAACCUAUCCCAAUCCGAGAAUUGACGUCCGAGAUUUGCAAGCCAGUAAUAUGGACCGAACCAAUGGUGCGGAUAUGUACAUCACGAGCUGGAUGAAACUGAAUGUCUAUGAGUCGACGUUUGAGAUGGACCUCGGGAGGCCAGACUGGGUGCGGAAGCCUUGGAGUAAGGAUCCUGGCUCAUGCAUCAUCUUGCCGUACGACGACCGAAAGGACUACCUCGAAGCCGUCAUACAGCUAGUAGAAGCAGACAUGGCCCGAUUGCUCGAAGACCCAGACUUCAUGGGUUAUGUUACCAGAUGGAUAGAAUGA